ACCACAGGAAUGAAGCAACUCUAACGGAUGUGUAACACACAGCUUUUUCGGAUAACUUUAUUCCUUAUUAUCUAAACACGCGUUUUGUUUAUGUUUCUUAUGGACUGGACAAGAAAAGUUUAAUAUCUGACGAGGAAUACAUGACAGCGCGGAACGGAACAGGCACACACACAUCGUCCGCAAACUGUCACACCUUCCUCUCUCAGAUAUUUGAGUGGGUCGAGGAGCUUUUGGACUGUAUUUUUUGUUGGUUGUUGUUUCGUUGUUUUGGGGUGAGGGACAAGUCCCUAGAAGUACGUAUAGGCUGUUUUUUCUUAACAGAAUGAGUGUGGAUCUGUGAUCUCUAGAUCGUCUCAGUAGGAUUCCAGAGAAUGGUAAAUGAUCGAUGGAAAAUCAUGAACAGUGUUUCAGAACUCGAGGAUGGACAGCAGCAUAAAUCUCAGAGGAUGAGCUGUAGCUAUCUCUUAUGCACCAUCCUGCUGUUUGUUGCCGUGUUGCUGGCUGUCACGGUAACAGGGAUCAUACUUCUGAUGAACCAUUACCAAGCGCCCACUGGCCCCGAUGGUCCCCCUCUCAUCAGCACCAACCAGGAUGAGGGUAAUGCCUUGGUUACCAUUGAGAGGGGCGACGGCUCUCGCAUCAACAUCUUCAUUGACCCCAACUGCCCCGACUACAACAAUAACUUCCUGCGUCUGGAGGGGGUGCAGACUUCUCUGCUGCACUCUCUUACUGACCACGACACUGAUCUGAAGUCAGUGAAAGGGCAGGACCGGGCUCUACUGGUUAAACUGGCUGAGGAAGUGGCCAAGCUGUCCGCCCACGCCAGUCAACUAAAGAUGGAGUACAACACACUGAGAGAGGGCCAGGGCAACAUCGGACAGGAGCUUAGCACUCUGCAGACUGAACAGGGCAGGCUCAUUCAGCUGCUGUCUGAGACUCAGAUCAACAUGGUGAAGGUGGUGAACUCUGUGAGCGAAGCCCUCAGCUCCAUGCAGAAGGAAACAGGAAAUAUCAAGAGUCGUCUCAAGGCAGAUCUGCAAAGGGCUCCUGUGCGCAGUGUCCGGCCCAAGGGCUGUGCUGGUGGAGAAGGUUCCAGACCCAGAGACUGCAGUGACAUCUAUGCCAGCGGGCAAAGAGAGGACGGUAUCUAUUCUGUGUUCCCUACACACUAUCCAGCAGGCUUUCAGGUCUUCUGUGACAUGACUACUGAUGAGGGCGGAUGGACGGUGAUUCAACGCAGAGAAGAUGGCUCUGUUAACUUUUUUCGUGACUGGGAAGCAUACCGUGAGGGAUUUGGCAAGAUAACAGGAGAACAUUGGCUCGGGAUGAAACGAAUCCAUGCACUUACCAUUCAAGCCAACUACGAGCUGAGAAUUGACCUGGAGGACUUCGAGAACAGUACCUCCUUUGCACAGUAUGGAUCUUUUGGAGUGGGUUUGUUUUCAGUUGACCCGGAUGAGGAUGGUUACCCGCUGAGCAUCGCUGACUACUCUGGCACUGCAGGCGACUCGCUGCUAAAACACAAUGGGAUGAAAUUCACCACUAAGGACAAGGACAACGACCACUCUGAGAACAAUUGUGCCUCCUUCUACCACGGAGCCUGGUGGUACCGUAACUGUCACACCUCCAACCUCAACGGACAGUACCUGCGCGGCCAGCACACUUCCUACGCUGAUGGUAUCGAGUGGUCGUCCUGGACAGGGUGGCAGUACUCGCUGAAGUUCACGGAGAUGAAGAUCAGGCCCACCAAGGAAGAGAAUAAAUGAGCGAGAACUAGAAGGAACCUAGAGGAACAAAGAGGAACUCAUAGAUGGCUGUAGGUGGUAGAGACACUCAAUACAGAAACGCGAGAACUUUUGACUUCUCUUUUGCCAUGAUUCUGUUCGUAUUCCCUUUCCCUGUUUCCAGACCAUCUUGUAGUGUUUGUGCUAAUGCCCGGAGGGCCUCUGUUUUUCUCUUGAUCUGUUGUUCCCAUCUCUGAAUAUUAUUAUGAAACAUUGCAGUUAUUGUCGAAAACAGUGGUUCUCAACUGGUGGGUCGCAGUUCUAAUAGGUGCAGCAGCGGAAAAAACAAUGCUAAAUGUAAUAAUAAAAGGCAACUAACCAUAUAAUCAUGCAUGGUUAGCACUGUAAAACAAGUAGGAUUAUCAACUUUUCAAAAGGGGGAGUAAAUACUUCCUAUAUCUUUUGUUGUUGGCGUGAUUGGAUUUUGCUGCAAAUUCAAAGUUCUUAUGAUAAAAGCUGGCCAUAUUAGAAGGUUACCAAUGUGGAUAGAUUAUGUGACACACUACAUAAGAUACAGGUUCCCUUGCAGCGAGGAUAAACAUUUGUGCUUACCUCAAUGUGUUUUCUACUGUGAAUUAUUGGCUGCUAAGAGCAUGAAACCAUCAAAAUUCAAAUUAAAUUUUUAAUUCCAAAAUGGUCCAUUUUCCUAUUCAGCCUAUGUCAUGUUAUAAUUUUACAUAUUGUUGGGCCUAUGCAGUUCACUGUAAUAUUAAUACAUUUCAAUGUUUGAUUUUAAGAACAUUUUUGUUUACGUUUUACAUUUUUAAAUUUUGCUACCAUGUUGUGAAAAAAAAGUAUUGGGCCUUGAAGCAAAACCAGUUGAGAACCACUGCUCUAAAAACUACUAAUGAAUAAAUAAAUAGUUGUUGUCUAAAAAAAAAAAAAAAAAAAAGAAAGGGAAAAAAAACUUUCUGUAGCUGUGAAAUCUGAAUGUGUAGCUUUUCAUAACAAUGAAGACUUUGAACUCCUCUCAAACAGAGAGACUGGUUGUCUUAUGUUAUUUUCAUUCAGUGCUUAAUCAAUUAAACAUAACAAAGU